UCAAAAGAAUCAGAAUGACUGACCAUACAAUACAAACAGGUACUCUGCAGGUGGUAGGAAUCCAAUAUGCUCCAUGAUGUGCCCUGUAUUCAGCAGAUAACCUCAGAUUUAUUUGCGAUCUCAUGGAUUAACUUUCAAGUUCUGACACAAAGACAUUUUAAAUUUGCCCUUGUGGAGUUUCUUUUGGUAUAAAACUACAACCGAAAAAACUCUUCCUGUCUACAUGCAUCUUUUAUCUUACAUGUAGACCGAGGCUGAAUUUCUUUCAUUUUUUUCUUUUCCCAUUUAAAAAAAAUCAAAAUGGCUCCUUUUUGGACAGCAGGAGCUUGGACAUUGUUGGCAGCAUUGAGCUUUCUUAGCUGCUGUAGUUUUGGCUGGUGUGAGGCCUCAAGGACUAGCGGUUCGACCUCAACAGGGACUAAACAGGACGAAGGACCCUCGUCAUUGGAGCGAGUGAAGAGAGGAUGGGUGUGGAACCAGUUUUUUGUGGUGGAGGAGUACACAGGCACGGAGCCUCUAUACGUUGGGAAGAUCCAUACAGACUCUGACGAAGGUGAGGGCACCAUCAAGUACACUAUCUCCGGAGAAGGGGCGGGCUCCAUCUUCAUCAUCGAUGAGCUCACAGGAGACAUCCAUGCCACAGAGAGACUGGACCGAGAAGAAAAGGCUUUCUACACACUUCGGGCCCGGGCAAGGGAACGGCUCUCCAGCGACCUUUUGGAACCAGAGUCAGAGUUUGUCAUCAAAGUCCAGGACAUCAACGACAGUGAGCCCAAGUUCUUGGAGGGUCCGUACAUCGGCAGUGUGGCGGAGCUGUCAUCCAUAGGAACGUCCGUUAUGAAGGUUACUGCAUCAGAUGCCGAUGACCCUACAUACGGAAGCAGUGCCAGAGUGGUAUACAGCGUAUUGGAUGGAGAAAAGAUUUUCACUGUUGACAGACACACAGGAAUCAUCAUGACAGCAGUGGCAGAUUUGGACCGUGAGACACAGGAUCGGUACGAGUUGGUCGUCAAGGCAACAGACAUGGCAGGACAAAUGGGUGGUCUCUCAGGCUCCACCACGGUGACCAUAGUGAUCACAGAUGUUAAUGACAACCCACCGCGCUUCCCACAGAAGAUGUACCAGUUUUCUGUGUCAGAGGGGGCGGCUGUGGGGACACCAGUUGGACGCAUCAUUGCCACAGAUGCAGACAUGGGAGAGAACACAGACAUGAGCUAUCUGAUCAAAGAGGAAGGGGAGCUCUUCAAGGUCACCACCGAUGUAGAUACACAGGAAGCUAUUGUCUCCAUCAAGAAGCCACUGGACUUCGAGAGCAAGCGCACACACAAUGUCGUGGUGGAGGCGGUAAAUAAGCAUGUUGACCCUCGCUUCGUGGACCUGGGUUCCUUCCGAGACCAGACCAUUGUCCGGGUCAGCGUGUCGGACAUAGAUGAGCCACCUAUCUUUCAACCAGCAGAGGGCGCUACCAUGGAAGUGCAGGAGGAUGCCAAAGUAGGAGCACUGGUCGGCGUCAUCACCGCCAGGGAUCCAGAUGUGAAGAAUACACCUGUCAGGUUCUCCAUCGAUCGGACCACAGACCAGGAGAUGAUCUUUCAUAUUGAUCCUGAUUCGGGUGCCAUCACGCUGGGAAAGAUUUUGGACCGAGAGACCGCAGGCUGGCACAAUAUCACUGUGAGGGCGGUAGAAUCAGAUAACCACACAAUGGCGUCCCACUCAUCAGUGAGUAUUCGGAUUCUGGAUGUAAAUGACAAUCCUCCUGAACUGGCCUUACCGUACGAAGCUUCAAUAUGUGAAGAUGCCAAACCAGGCCAGCUAAUUCACACCAUCAGUGUGGUCGAUAGAGACGAGCCACAAACUGGACAUCGCUUCUACUUCACCCUGGCCCCUGAAGCCUCCAGCAAUCGACACUUCACCCUGUGGGAUGUCAAAGACAACACAGCUGGAAUCCGGACCCAGCGGUCAGGCUUUAACCGCCAUGAGCAGAAUGUGUACUUCCUGCCUAUCCUGGUGGUUGACAGCGGGCCUCCCUCCCUCAGCUCCACAGGCACCCUGACCAUUCAUGUCUGUGGCUGCGACACAGAGGGAGCCAUCCAGUCCUGCAAUGCCACAGCGUAUGUAAUGAGUGCUGCUCUCAGCCCUGGGGCACUUAUAGCACUACUGGUCUGCAUGCUCAUCCUCAUAGUCCUUGUCUUGCUGAUCCUGACCCUGAAACGCCACAGGAAGGGCCAGAGGAUGGCGGAGGAUGAGGAGGACAUGAGAGAUAACGUCAUCAAGUACAAUGACGAGGGCGGAGGGGAGCAGGACACUCAGGCAUACGACAUGAGCGCCCUGAGGAACCUCUAUGACUUCCCGGAGGCCAAGAGCUGUGACUCUGGCCUGGACAUCCGCUCACUGCCGCAGUGGAUACAGGCUAACCGGGUGGGUGGAGGUGGAGGUGGUGGUGGUGGUGGUGGUGGUGGUGGUGGUGGUGCAGAGGGAGCUGCAGCAGCGGCAGCAGACUUCUCCCUAUUCAAAGGUUACAUUCGAAAGAAGGUGGAACAGGCAGACGCCGACCUGUCGGUGCCGCCAUAUGACUCCUUCCAGACGUACGCCUUUGAGGGCACCAGUUCACCAGCGCUUUCACUAAGCUCCAUCCACACGAUGUCCACCACCUCGGAGCAGGAUUUCUCCUACCUCAGCGACUGGGGACCACGUUUCAGGCAACUGGCUGGCUACUACGCUCCAGGAAACCCUGAGGAGGAAGGGUCCUAGCACAGCUUUUCAUCUGCAGAGAAACUUUAAACUCAUUCUUCCUCCUUCUUCUUCUCUGCCUCCUCUUCUCACCCUCUGGCACUCCUCAGAGCCAGCACUGUGUACUCCUUAAAGACAGAGCACCACCUCUUUAUCUCUUGAAAGAAAAUCCCUGUGUCAAACUUUGAACUCUUGUUUUUUCUUUUUUUUUUUUUUUUUUUUACACUCUUUGGUUUUCGUGAGAGUUUUCGGACUUGAGCGGGAAAGCUCUUGAGAUGAUACGAAGAGAUAUCCAGUCACCAAAAUUGCCAUUUAGUUUAAAGGGAGGAUUUUGUCACUCCCAAUUCAUAAAUAAGAAAGUUUAUUUUAAGCUGUGAUUCUGUUUUCAGAGUUUUAGAGUAUCAACAUUAACGUAGGUUGGGUUACUCAACGCCAAGCCAAACUGUCUGACAAACAUGUAUUUAUUUUAGGGAAUAUUUAAAUAUUUAUUUGUUUUUUAUGUAUUUAUUUAUUUAUUUAUUCACACCAUGAUUAUUAUGGUAACUGCUACAGUGAACUCUGCUGAAGUGCUAAAAAGAAAAGUGAGGGGAGGAGGACAUUAUACAAAAGAACGAGAGACAACACGGAAGAAAGAAAGACGGACUGCAGCGGCAGACGACGACAGAAUAUGGGCAAAGAGGUGACUUCUGGGUGAUAUAUAAAAAUGACAUUCUGGAAAAUAUUUUUAUUUAUUUUCUAUGACCACUUUUGUAAAAUAACCAACUCAAGACUUUAAUGAAAAGUAGAGGCAAAGAGGGAACAGAUGGCGUGAAAGAACUGGAAAACAAAAGAGCUGGCCGUCCAGUGUGAACGGUUGAGACUGACUUACUUUUACUGUCUUUUAGUGAUUUAUUUUUUUUGGAGGUCACAAACUGAGGACAAUUGUGUGUUAACAAUUUCUUUUCUUAUCCUCUCCACAGCCAAUUGUACGGCAAUAAGGCACAAACCGCAACAGUGAUUUAAGUCUAAACAAAAUGACUGUUUCAUGAAAUUGGCAGGUUUCCAGCAUUGUCCCACAGGGAGCCAAUUGUCAUUCCAGGUUUUGAGUGAGAAUGUGUACAAUAUGUUCAAUUCAUUUUAUAUCCUGAAAUGUUUGAUUUUGCAUUUGAUAUUUUCUUUUCUGUGGUGGA